UGAAUCCAAUUCUCAGUAGGUUUUCAUCGCAACUUCUAUAAAUAACUACUACAAGCCGCCAUCCACUAAUCAACCCACUAGGUUCUUCUGAUUUUCUAUCUUCAACGAUAAAUCGCCCUCAGUAAAUAAGAACAAAUCAGCUGCUGCUAUUUCGUUGGAUCAAGAAACUAAAGAACAACACAAUGACGAACAAAUGCAAGGAAAAAUUGAACUUGAAGAUCAGUGGAUACAAGGAGAUCCUCUGCCGUCACAAGUUGUGGAAAUUGAACAAGAACAAGAGCCAGAAAAACGUCUGGAGGACCAAGGAGAAGGCGAAGAGAAUCAGAAUGAUGCUAAAGGGUUGUGGUCAAAAGCAACAAAACGCUGAAAUUAAGACACCAUUCUUCGGAAAGACUGAGUCUAUGGUUAAGGAGGUUGAAUCAACGGCACCCAUUAAGGAUGAUGAUAUUGGAAGUGUGUCAAUUCGUUGCUUGCGUCCCAAGACACCAAGGAUGCGAGUGAUUUUAGCAGUGCAGAAAUUCACUUUCACUCUGACAGGGGAUGACUACAGUACCUAUGAUUCGGACUCAGAAGAGGAUGAAGAUGUUGAUUAUUGCGGUAUAUCUGAGCUCCAGGGCUAAUGAUGGUGGCGGACAAAAGGGGAAUUGGUGUUUAUCUCUGUGAAAUUAAAUGGUGUAAUUUGUCUUUAGAUUCAUGUAAUUUGUUAAUUAUUUAGGUUUCUGACAAUAAGCUGUUUAACGUAGUACCCUUGAAGAAAUCCCUGAAACAGUGAAACUCUUGUAAGAGAUUUGGACUAAAGCUAAGUUCGAAUUUUUUUUCCACUUGUGCUGUUCGUUUGAAACAGGUUGCUCUGUUUUCUGAAUUGGGGUAUUGUAGUUUCUGUGAACUUAAGAAUAAAAAGUUGGUUUUGACUGAUUCUUAGGAGUAAUUUGUGCAGGAUUUUGG